CACUGACAGAGCCAUCUCGUGGCGGUAGAGCACAAAUCUUGGAGAGCGUUGGGACAGACCGCAAACAUGCGAGUCUCCAAGACUCAUAUCGCCGGCGUUGGCGUGUCAGAGAUCAUUGAGAGAACGACAGACGAAGCAAUCGGAAAAUGUGCGAUUUCGGCUGGAACCAAGGCACUUCUGGAUGCCGGCAUAACAUACAGCGAUGUGGACCAAAGCAUCGCGUGCUUUCUCGACGACGUGAGGAUAGAAAGAAGAACCUUCGACACUUUCGGCUUGCAAGGCGCGCCGGUAUUUGAGGUUGCCAAUCACACCGGUCUCUUCUCCUCGACGCAAGCGGUCGCCUCUAGACAAUCGAAUUGCACAUUGACGAUCGGAUUCGACAGAGAAGUUGCACAAGACAGCCACAACCAAGUUCAAGUCGUGGCCAUUGUGCUCGUAUCCGAUCUGUUCUUGACUUCUCACGCAUAUUUGAAAGACUCUGCAAUCUGCAUUUGCGGCUCAGCACUCACAAGCACAAUUUUCCAACGAUCACUUCACCUCUCGCAGGGUGGCGAGAACCAGUCUCGCACAGUGAAGACAGCAGUCGCCCGUGCAUUACGCCAGGCAAAUCUCCAGCAAAGAGACAUCCGGAUCCUUGAAAUCAGCUUCAGCUCAAAUUGGGACCCCCGGAAAGCACUCCUAGAUUUUGAUGUUGCACCACAACUGUCUUCGAAACCCGACGACCGCUUUACUGGAGCGACCGGUCUGGCAAGUCUUUGCAGUUUAAUCUGGCGACUACGAGGGUGGGCAGGCGGCCCACCUUCGCGGGCACAAAAUUGCUUGCAACUAAUCCUGGGCUCGCAGGGCACAGCAAGCGUACUCAUCCUCCGGCGCUCCGAUGGAAAAUCUGCUUUGGCUUGGGAUGAGGUCAAGAAUGUUAGAGACGGCCGUGAACGACUUGGCUACAAUCCAGCUGCUGGCGAGAUACGAGAUAUCUCUGUCGAAGACCUCGAAGCGGUGCGAGCAAAAGUGGAAUUCACGCUGGCUGAUGACUCUGUGAAGCGUCUACAGCUACCCGUGAAAGGUGGAGAUCGAGCCGCGCUUGCCAGACUGUAGGGCUGUGAGUGAAUGAAUCCAAAUGCCAAAGAUUGAUCUGGUCA